AUGCUUGUUCUAUUCCGUCUGGAAGAUUCCCAAAUAUUCUCAAAUUUACACAGCGUUUCCAAGCGUUGCGUGAUAUCAUCUUCCGCCGAUAAUCAAAUUUGCUUAACACUUGUCGAUAAAAUAUAUACAUUUAAAUAUGAUUAUAAUAAUUUUAAAUUGACUUCUAAAGCAACCUCUUCUUCCAUUCCAAGGGAUUUCAACCUUUUUCAAAAUCAGACUCAUUAUAACGAGAAUAGUUCCUCAUACUACCAUGAUAUACAGAAGCUGAUGUGUGCCUAUUCAGUGUCAGACUGUCCAAGAUUUGUUUGGGCUUGCUGGACCCCAAAAUUCAAGGUUACUGAUACAAUUGAAGUUUGCAUACUUUGUACCAUAACAAUAAAUAACUCAAUCAACCUUUGGCUGCCCUCAGUAAAGGAUUUUGGAGGAGAAAUCUAUAACCUCGAAAACCUACUAGAUGUCUCAAGUUCUAUAGUAAAGUUUCUUUCAAGGUCAGAUUUACUUGUUUUUAACCAAGAAUCUGAUAAGGAACAAUCGAAGUCAAGAAUCUUGUUCAACUUGUCAUCGUUUGGAUUCUCAUCAUGCCAGUUCUUAUCUCCAGGUUUUUCAAAAAAUGAUGGAUUUUUGUGCAUAAUAAACCUUUGCGAGUACCUGUUGAUUGUUUGGAUCUCUAAAAGCCCAGCCUUUGAGGAGAAAAAUGCUUUAAAGGAGGAAAGUAGAGGAAGAAGAAGCACGAGAGAACGCAAAAAAAUCAACUUUGAGGACUUGGAUGACUAUUACGAAGAAGAAGAACCAGUAAAGAAGAAGGGAAAGAAGAGUCAAAAGGUACUUGGACUUUCAGGUUUUAGCCCACUCAACAAGGACUAUUAUGACUUGGACGAUUAUGACCUGAGUAAAUGUAAGGACCAGCUCCCGCCAUUCUGCACUGUAACCCAGUCUUCAAAUCCUCUACACUGUAAUGUGAUUUGUGCUGUGAAGGUGAAUUCUUGUGUUUCAUUUGUUGCACUGCCUUUAGAUAAUUUUAAAAUGGAUGUGUAUUAUUCAGAUUCCCAGAGUCUGAAAAAAAUUGAACUUAAAUUCUCGCAGGAAGAUGCUGACGAUUUUUCAAUUCCUAGAGCUAUGGAUAUUGGGAAGACCAUUGAUAUCUUCCAAUCAAAUGUUCCUGUGGAAUGUCUCAAAUUUUUUAGGCUUUUUGGAAGUGAUGAGUACCAUGCUAUCACCGGGUAUUGGCAGACACACUUUUUGGUUCAUUUCAUUUCAGAAAAUGUUACCAGGGACAUAAUUACCGGGAACUUGCCGAUCUCCUCCUAUUCCUUGGAACCCACUUUUAUGGCACACGAUAAUCUAGCUCGUAUAAACGUGAUUAAUUGUGAAGGACAUAUAUUCAGAUUACUGAUAGAUAAAAACUUGAGCGUGGUCAUUGAGGAGGUUGAGGACAAGAAAGAAGAUUUUGUUCACUUUUUUACAACUUCAGAGGACCAGGAUAUUAUGGCCUACGACUGCCUAUUAAACGGAUCAAUAAUGGAGGUCAAAGCUAAUUUUAGGAACAAGAGCAUUUUUAUCAAUUUAGUUUUACUGCUGCAGAACAACUCAGACUUAGAUUUAUUCCUGGAUUGCAUUGCACUCAAUAAAUCCAACCUUGUUCCAAAUGAUACCUUUUUCACUCUCGUUGAAGCCAAAAAUCCCUUUUAUGGUCUUGAAAAUGCUGAUAAGUUACUCCAUGUCAGCCGCUCCGAUGACCCAUUCUUCAAAACACUCACUUCAUUUCUACAUACAAAUAACUCCCUUUUGAAGAAUUGUUUGCUUUUUGUACUUUACUUGUUUGCUUUUAUAGAAGCCUCAGACUCGCUCCCCUUCGAUCAGAAUAAAACUGUGGUUUGUAACUUAAAACUUGAUGCUUUUCUCUCAAAAUCACUCAGUAAUGUUUCUAUAACUUCCGAAAAGCUAGUUAAAAUAAUUAAACGAAUUAAUAACUUGUACAAGAAUGAACUUCUGAGUAACCUGGUUGUUCAUUUGGCCAACUCUUAG